AUGCUGAUGAGAACAAAAAGUCUCCUUGCAAGGGGUUUGGUACGAAACGGCAUGAAUCCAAAAAACCGAAAUUUAUCCGCGGCUUCCUACAUGCCUGCAAUGAUGGCAUGGGCAAAAAGUGUGCAGAUUGGCUGUGCAAUAAACACAUGCGAUCGGUCAUCGGUCCUUGUCUGCCGUUAUAAUCCUGCAGGCAACAUACUCAAUCAGCAGAUAUACCAACCUGGCAGAGUGUGCAGUGGUUGUUUGGGAGCCUGUAACACAUCUGAUGGUCCUUGCAAAAUCUUGUAA